GUAUCCAUGGCUGACAACCAGUUCAAGUGUAACAACAUUGAAUAAACUUCCAGAUGCUCCCCUGAUGUCAACAGUAUGUUACAUUUUUUUCUACCAUAAAUUUUGCUGAUUAAUUUGAAUUUAAAUGUGUGGGGCUAGAUAUUAAUUAGAAGAAAUCAAUAAAAAAACUUUUAAGAAGCAUUUUAAAAAAGACAACUUAACAUUUGAGGCAACAUAAUGAAUUAUCAUGAAACAUAUUUAAAAAAGAUACAAUAAUGUUUUAUUUUUAAACUUAAUUAGUUUUUAACAAUACAUUAUUCUAGAUAUCAAGCAUACAUAAAUUCAUUAAUAUCAAAAAGAGUUAAAUGAUUGGAACAUUUAAUGAUUCACAUUGUUGCUUUGAUUAAUAAUAUGAUGGACAAGUAAAAGAACUGUUUUUUGUUUUGUGUUUUUAAUUCAGAAUCUUAUUAAUGUCAAUGCUUCUUGUUUCAGCAAUUUUUCACAGAGUUUAAUAAAAGAUCAGAUGAAGGUGGCAUCCAUCUUGUGCACAGCUUUGUCCUUAAUCAAACUGUCACACCAGCUAUAAUGCAGGAAAUAUUAAUGACCGCACUGCAGUUUCAUAUACCUAUUCAUAUAUGGAAGACUGGUGUUAUUUUAUAUGAUGGCAUAGUAGCCAUCAUGCUAGGUCAGAUAGGUGAGUUAAACUUCUACUGUUUCUCAACAUAUCACCAUAUAACAAAAUUAUCAAAGGUAAUUGAUCUGCAACGUAACAAUUUUAAGCAAGAUGUUAAGACAAAUUAUUUUUACAAAUUGUGAUGUAAUUUAUUUCUUAAAUAUAUAUAAAUUAAUUGAAUGUAUAGACAUUAAUUUUGUAAUACCUUUGCACUUAAUAAUUCAAGCAAACAUUUCAUCUCAGUAGUAACUAGUGCAAUUUAAAAAAAAUAUUUUUUGUAACUAUUUAAUUCAGUAUUUUUCAUUUACAGGUUACAGUAAAGUUUUGAAUCUCUGUGCAUACAUGACAUCUUCUGGGGAUAAAGAAGAUGCCUCAAAUUUAAUCUACAACACAGUGGAGAAAUAUAAGAUAAUUGUAGAAUGUACACUGAAGUCAUUUGGAUUUUCUUG